GUGUUACUUCCUGCUUUAAAGUCCACCCGUGGUCACAUGUGAGGGAUUCUUGCUGUUGGGUUUUGUCAGAGAUUAGAAUGAACUUUGUCUCUGUUCCUCUUUACAAAGGAAAGCAGGAUCUCCGGUUUUGUCUCGUUAUGAACUUUAUCAACUAAAAGUAUGCCUCUUUUCAUCUGGUUGGGUUAUAAUUAAAAUGGAGAAGGUGUGCUUUUAUGGACAAUCUUGCGUUUGGUGGCAGGACAGGAAAUGAGGGAAAUUAUUGGCGUUUAUUAUCCGAGACAUCUUCAGGGUGUAGUCUAAAGGAAGUAGCCUGGGAGCUGCAGUCAGGCAGGCGGUAUGUAUUGCAGCGGCUCGGAACCAGCUGCCCCCGAACAGACUCCCGGACAGGGCUCCAUUGUGGAGCGGCUGUCUCGGUAUGGCAUGCAGGUCAUGCCCGGAGCCUCCCCGCGUAGGUCGAGGCUGCAGAGGCAGCAAGAAGUCACCGACGGCUGCGCUCCGGAGAGAGAGUCCGUCCCGCUGGUUCUGCGCAGAAAGUACCUGAAGGAGCUUCUCCUGAGCCGGGCUUCCAGCAGCGGAGUGGGCAGCGGGUUGCUGCAGAGCCUCUCCCCGGACCAGGAGGACUCGGACUGGGCUCUGUAUCCCAUGGAGCACGCCUGGAUGCUCCUGGCGGUAGAGGGGAACUACGAAACCAUCCUGGACUUCAUCUCCGAGGACCCGCAGCUGCUGACCCGGCGGGACUUCAUCAGCGGAUACUCGGUGCUGCAUUGGCUGGCCAAGCGGGGACAGGACGAGAUCCUGCUGAAGCUGCUGCGGUUCGCGGAGCGUGCGGGCUUUGCGGUGAAUGUGAACCUGCGGGGCAGCGGCGGGCUGACCCCGCUGCACGUCGCCAGCAUGCAGGGCCAGUUCGCGGUCGUCAAGCUGCUGGUCGGGGCUUUCGGCGCCAACGUGGACGCGAUGGACUACAACGGGAAGCGGCCGUGGCAGUACCUGCGGAAGGACGCCCCGGUGGAGAUGAAGGAGCUGCUGGGCACCUGGGACGAGGAGCACAGCUGCGGCUGUGCGCAAAACUUCAACAAGAACGUCAACAACAACUGCGCUGGCGCAGUGAGCGUGGCCGCAUGCGAUGAGGCGGAUGGCGAAGAAACUGAAGAAGUGAGUUACUUUGACAGAGCCAAGAGAGGCAGCUGGAGGUUCGAGUCUCUAAGGAAGCUGAAAUCCUCCUUUUCAUUUGUUAGAAGCAAAACUUGAGAUUAUGCCGUACUUUAAAGGGCCAGUGUUCUGUAAAAUCAACCUAUUUUAAGGUUUACAUGUUAUAAUGUUACACAUCAAAAACCUACCUGGAGUGUUUUGAGAAACCAUUUAAUCUCCAUGGCAACCACUCAGCUGUGGAAAACACCUGUGUGGACCUAGCCCCGCCUUCGAGACGCAGCUCCACCUCAGUUUUCAAGUUUCUUUCUCCCAGAGCAGGCCUCUAUCAGUCUGCUCCUUCAGACUAGCCAGCAGCAAUUAGCAAACACCUGGUAGAACUAAGCAUCUGCUGAGCUCCUUAUAUGAGC